AUGUCAUCAUCUAGGUCUUGUCAACAAUCUUCUUCCAUGGAUGUUUCACAAUCUUUUCGAGAAAGAAAUGAUAUAGCAUGGGGACAUGUUAAUGAGGGCGUGGAUGAAAAUGGGAAGAAGAUAUUAACAUGUCUUUACUGUGGCAAGAUAAUCAGAGGUGGAGAAAUUUACCGAGUGAAAUUGCAUAUAGCGAGUAUAAAGAGAGAAGUUGGAAAGUGCUCUAAAGCUCCUUUCGAUGUUAAAUUCAAGAUUGAAGAAGCACUAAAUGAAAUUGGGGCCAAGAAUAAACAAAAAGUUGAACUUUGUAAGAAUGUCAAUUCUUAUGGAGCUAGUGUACAACAAUUUGAGGGUGAUAUGUUAGAUGAAGAACAAAAGUGUGAAGAGGUUUCUCCAUGUCCAACUCCAACUUCAACUUCAAGCACUAAGAGAAAAAGAUCUAUUGGGAUAGGUGACUAUUUUGCUCCGAGGACUAAGCCUGAGUCUCAGCCCUCAAUUAAGAGUGUUUUAGCUGGAAAAGAAGCUAAGUGGAGAGUGGACAUGGCUGUUGCAAGGUUAUUUCAUGAUUCUUGCAUCCCAAUUAAUGUUAUUAAUUCAAUUUAUUUUCAACCUGUGGUGGAUACUAUAACUGCAAUUGGUCCUAGGUAUAAAAUCUUAACUUAUCAUAAUUUACGUGUAAAUUUAUUGAGAGAUGCUAGGAAAGAAGUGCAAUUACUUAUUGAUGGUUACAAGAAAACUUGGGAGGAUGUUGGAUGUACUUUAAUGGCUGAUGGUUGGACAGAUAAUUCACAUAGGUCGCUAAUAAAUUUUCUAGUAUACUGUCCUAAAGGAGUGUGUUUUGUGAAAUCAGUGAAUGCUUCAGAUGUUGUAAAGGAUGUUGUAACAUUGUUCAGCUUGUUUGAGGAAAUAGCUUUAUGGGUUGGACCAAAUAAUAUUGUUCAUCUUGUCACUGACAAUGGAGAUAAUUAUAAAGCUACUAGAAGAAUGUUAUCUGAAAAAUAUAGCGGUACUACUUGGUCUCCUUGUGCAGCACAUUGUAUUAAUUUGAUGUUGAAAGACAUAGCUGAGAUGAGUCACAUAAUUAACCUUUCGAAACGUGCAUCUGAGGUUAUAAAGUUUGUGUAUAAUCAUUUCUUUGUGCUAGCUUUGCUAAGGAAAAAACAGGGUUGGACAGAAAUUAUAUACCCAGGUGCAACCCGUUUUGCCACAACUUUUAUUGCAUUGAGCAACCUACAUCAGCACAAACAUGACUUUAUAAUUUUCAAAGCUGUAAGUCCAUUGAUGCGUAUGCUCCGGAUUGUAAACUCAGAUGAGAGGCCUUCAAUAGGACAUGUGUAUGAUAGCAUGUACAGAAUGAGGAUGGGGAUCAAGAUGUUGUUUAAGAACAAUAAAAAUUUGUACAAGCCUUAUACAACAAUUAUUAAGAUGUGCUGGGAUAGGAUGUUGUGUCGUGAUAUUCAUGCAGCAGCAUAUUAUUUGAAUCAUGGUUUUAAAUAUGACGAAGAUACUUUUUCCAAAAAACCUAAGGUCAUGUAUGGUUUCCUUGACACUAUUGACAGUAAAACAAGUGCAUUCAAAAUGAGCAAGACAACGUUACUGGAGGAGAGUAGAUUAUAUCGAGACCGUCUAGAAAGCUUUUCUCAUGAGCUUGCUCUUCAAACUUGCAAAACUACACGGUUGGAUGAAUGGUGGAGCACAUUUGGGUUUAGUGCUCCAAAUUUGCAAAAGUUUGCAAUCAAAAUUCUAAGUCAAACUUCUGCCUCUUCCGGAUGUGAGUGA